AUGUAAAUCGAAUUAGAUGAAAACUCUCUCUACAAUAAUUUUUUGUAAAACUUUACUCAAUAAACCAAAUUGGGGGAAGGAACAUAUGGGAUCGUUACAAAAGCAUUUGAUAGAAGAAGAGCAAAAUUUGUGGCUUUAAAGAAAAUAAAGCUUGAUAAUUGUGAUGAUGAAGGCGUACCAAGUACUACAAUUAGAGAAAUAGCAAUACUAUCCAAGUUGUAACAUCCAAAUAUUAUAAGGUAUAAAUAUAAUAUUAUAUAAGUUUGCUCGAAGUUAAAUACUUUUUGGAUGAAAAGAAGAUAUAUCUUGUUUUUGAUUCUAUGAAAUAUGAUCUAAGGAAAUAUUUAGAUAAAAAUACAUCAAUAACAUUAAAUAAUUUAAAACCAAUUAUUUACUAAAUACUUUUAGGUUUAUCCUAUUGUCACAGUAGAAGAGUUUUACAUAGAGAUCUUAAACCAUAAAACAUUUUAUUAAAUGAGACCAUGACUGUUAAAUUAGCAGAUUUUGGACUUUCCAGAGUAUUUCCAUUCCCAAUGCCUAAAUUCACAAGGGAAAUUGCUACUCCUUGGUAUAGAGCUCCUGAACUUAUGCUUGGAGAUGAUAAUUAUGGAACUGGUGUUGAUAUAUGGGCUGUCGGUUGUAUUAUGGCUGAAUGUUUAAAUGGAUUUCCAUUAUUUCAAGGUGAUAGUUAGGUUGAUAUGUUAUUUAAAAUAAUGAAGGUAAUCAUAUAUUUUAAUAUUUUUUAAAGUUACUCGGUACUCCAACUGAUGCUAAUUAUUUUGGAUUAUCUAAACUUCCAAAUUUUAUGAUUACUUUUCCAAAAUUUAGAGGGGAAGACCUCACUUAAAGAAUACCAAAAUUAGAAAAUAAUCAAUUAGCCCUUGAACUUUUAUAAUCUAUGUUAUAACUCAAUCCAGGCAAGAGACCAUAAGCAAAAGAAUUAUUAAGGAAUUAAUGGUUUGAUGAUAUUAGAAAUAAUUAUUGA